AUGGAGGUUGAGACAACAAAACCACCUGUAGUCACCACUGGCCCAGUUACAACCUCUAUCACCACUGUUGAAACUACAACCUCCGUGCCAGGUGUCACGACAACAAGCCCAGAAACCACAGUUGUAACAUCAAAACCAUCUGUCAGUACCACGACUACUAAUGUACCUGUAACAACAACUAAGGGAACGACAGUCAAACCGUUUGAAACAACAACAUCAGAAGAAACAACG